AUGCUAAACAAGAUUCUGCUGUUGUCUCUUCAGAUGAGUUUCCUAGGAAGUACUCUUGGUGGGAAUAUUCUUAUUUGGGCAGUGGAAGGUAGUCAUUGGCUGAACAUUGAGGUGAUUAUAGAUGAACUGAUUAAAAAAGAACACAAUGUGACUGUCCUAGUUGCCUUUGAUGCAACAUUUUUUAAGACACCAACCCCUAAGCCACGUCUCAUAUUUGAAAUGUAUAAUGUGUCCUUUGGCAAAGAAAGAAGAAUAGGAAUCCUCCAGGACUUUGUUUUGACAUGGCUAGAAAAUAGACCAUCUCCUUCAACCAUUUGGAGAUUCUACCAGGAGAUAACCAAAGUUAUGAAGGACUUCCACAUAUUGUUAGAAGAGAUCUGUGAUGGUGUUCUUAAAAAUCAAAAGCUGAUGGAAAAGCUGAAUAGCAGCAAAUUUGAGGUUCUGGUGUCAGAUCCAGUAUUUCCUUGUGGUGAUAUAGUAGCUUUAAAACUGGGGAUUCCAUUUAUAUACUCCUUGAGGUUUUCUCCAGCCUCAACAGUAGAAAAGCACUGUGGGAAGGUCCCAUACCCUCCUUCCUAUGUUCCUGCUGUUUUAUCAGAACUCACCGACCAGAUGUCUUUUACUGACAGAAUAAGAAACUUCAUCUCCUACCAUCUACAGGACUACAUGUUUGAAACUCUUUGGAAACAAUGGGAUUCCUACUACAGUAAAGCUUUAGGAAGACCCACUACAUUGUGUGAGACUAUGGGGAAAGCUGAAAUUUGGCUAAUCCGAACAUAUUGGGAUUUUGAAUUUCCCCGUCCAUACUUACCUAAUUUUGAGUUUGUUGGAGGAUUGCACUGCAAACCUGCCAAACCUUUACCUAAGGAAAUGGAAGAUUUUGUCCAGAGUUCAGAAGAACAUGGGGUUGUGGUGUUUUCUCUGGGAUCAAUGGUCAAAAACCUCACAGAAGAAAAGGCCACUAUUAUUGCCUCGGCCCUCGCCCAGAUUCCACAGAAGGUUUUAUGGCGAUAUGGAGGGAAGAAACCAGCCACAUUAGGAAACAAUACUCGUCUCUAUGACUGGAUACCCCAGAAUGACCUUCUUGGUCAUCCAAAAACCAAGGCUUUCAUAACUCAUGGUGGAGCCAAUGGCGUCUAUGAGGCCAUCUACCACGGGGUCCCCAUGGUGGGCAUCCCUUUGUUUGGGGAUCAACCAGACAACAUUGCUCACAUGAAGGCCAAGGGGGCAGCAGUUAGAGUGGACUUCAACACAAUGUCAAGUACAGAUUUGCUCAGUGCUUUGAAGACAGUCAUUAAUGACCCUAUGUGAGUAUACUAAUUCUUUUAAUAAGUGGUAUUGAUAGAUAUGUUCUCUUGUCAACAAGAAAGAUGAGAUUCAUCCCUUUUUCACUGAAUUAAUAUUGAAAGAAUUUAAAUUAUAUAACCAAUGUAAAAUCUGCUUUUAUUUUCCACCAUUUAUUUCAUGCUUGCGUUGAAAUCUAUAAAUGUAAUGGGUAAACAAUUAAUGAAAAAAUCUUCUACAUAAACAUAACUUCCAAUAUAUAGAUGAGUGUAAAAAAAGAUAAAUUUUAAAAAACAAGACAGAAUUCACAGUUAAAAAAGGUAAUGAACUUACAAAUAUGAUAAAAUAUUUUAAUCCAAUUCCUAAAAUUUCUGAAUAUGUCACUUUCUUCUUGCCCUCAAAUUUACUUUGAUAUUAUCAUUACUUUAAUAGUUUUGAUAAUGAAAUAUAAUUUACAAUGAGUAAAAUUCACCUAUUU